AUGCAAUCGCGAAUGAUGGAACAAUUGGUAACAUUGGACAAACGAUAUGGACGUCCAGAUCUUUUCAUCACGUUCACAUGCAAUCCAUCUUGGUGUGAAAUCAAAUAUUUACUUUUGCCUGGCCAACAACCAUCUGAUCAGCAUGACCUCACAGCGAGAGUUUUCAAACAAAAAUUGAUACGUUUUAUGGAUCUCAUCACUAAGAACCAUAUAUAUGGAGAAACUCGCUGUUGGAUGUAUUCCAUCGAAUGGCAGAAAAGUGGUCUACCACAUGCUCAUAUCUUAAUUUGGUUGGUUGAAAAAAUUGUUCCAACUCAAAUUGAUGAUAUCAUUACUGCUGAGCUGCCCAACGCAGAAGAAGAUCCAGAAUUAUUUGAAAUUGUGAAAAAAAAUAUGAUUCACGGACCAUGUGGGGGACACAACCCACACUCGCCAUGCAUGAAAGACGGAAAAUGCACCAAAAAGUAUCCACGCCAGCUGCUGCAAGAAACACAAACUGGUGGCGACGGUUAUUCGUUGUACAGACGACGAAAACCAGAUGAUGGAGGAUACACCACAACUAUCAAAAUCAAUAACGUUGAUUUCGAAGUUGAUAACCGAUGGAUUGUGCCCUACUCUCCUAUCCUUUCGAAAUCAUUCAAUGCACAUAUCAACGUGGAGUCCUGUAAUUCAGUUAAGUCAAUAAAAUACAUAUGUAAAUACGUGAAUAAAGGCAGCGAUAUGGCAAUUUUCGGAAUUGCGAAUCCCAAUGAGCCCGUCAAUGAAAUUGAGCAAUUUCAAAUGGGACGUUAUAAUAGCAGUAAUGAAGCUGUAUGGAGAAUUCUUGGCUUCGACAUUCAUGAACGCUUUCCUGCUGUCAUGCAUCUCAGUGUUCACCACAACGCACCCCAACGAGUUGCAGAUCCACCAAAUACAACGUUGACCGCUUUUUUCCAAUUGUGUGCAACUGACGAAUUCGCAAAAACAUUAAUGUAUCACGAAGUCCCGCAGUUCUACACUUGGAAUCAAUCGACGAAGAAAUUUUGCAGAAGAAAACGAGGCGCCAGGCAUUCUUCUAUAGCUGGCAUAUUUUCUACUGGUGCACUGGGAAGAGUAUAUACUGUUCAUCCAAAUAAUGGUGAAUGCUACUAUUUGCGAAUGCUGCUUCACGUGGUCAAAGAACCAACAUCGUUUCAAGCAAUCAAAACAAUCGAUGGUCAAGAGUGUGAGACAUACAGAGAAGCAUGUUUUAAACUUGGUUUGCUUGAAAAUGAUCAACGUUGGGACAACACAUUAGCAGAAGCAUCUGAGACACGUCAUGCCCAUCAAAUACGAACUCUGUUUGCCAUAAUUUUGACAACCUGCGCACCUUCUGAUCCGAAAGGUUUAUGGGAAAAACACAAAGAGAGUAUGAGCGAAGACAUACUUCUCCGAGCACGCAGAAAUAAUCUCGGCUUGGAUGUACAGUAUUCGGAAGACAUUUUCAAUGAAGCACUGAUAUCACUUGAAGAUGUGUGUAUGUCGAUUAACAACAAAAUCCUCAAUCAGCUUGGGCUGUUUUCAUCGGAACGUGACAGAAACGAUGUUAUCGAUAGAGACGCAUUGCGAGAAAAACAAUACGACGUCGAUGCACUACAAGUUUAUGUUGAAACUCAGAAAAGAUUCUUAACAAACGAUCAACGACUUGCAUACGACACAAUUAUGCGCUCCAGACCAUACAUUUAUAUCCACAUAUAUACAAAGUAA